ACCGAUCAAAAUGGUACCGACCAACUCGAGACUUAAGUAACGGUAGGGAAGGAAGUUGCAAUAAUAGUAGUAUGAAUCUGGUUGCAUCAGAACUCCGCCCUGAGCUAGCUUUCGCUCCACUUUCUUUCUUUCUUUCCUCCACUGACAUCUUCUUCUUCUUCGGCUUCAACUCCGAACCCUCUCUUUCGCAGCUCUCUCCGUCCACAAAAUCCGCCAGAACUCUCCACUUUCUCGGCAAACAAACACAUCCGGCUUUGAAUCGGAACGGAAGAUUCGUCUACGACGAUACAGCACUGGUUCCGGCGAUCGACGAACACGCCGUCGGCUUCCCCUUUCUUCACAUGAAUUCUUACAAACCCUAAUACAUCCUCUAACCCGAGUUGAAUCGCGGGACCUUGACAGCAUUCUCGUGGACCGAUUUGUGUUUAUCUUGCCAUUUUCCGGUGGCUUGACUUGUUUGAAACCAUCAAUGGAGAGAUCUAGAUCUAAGCGGAACUACUACUACGACCACCAGGACUACGACAAUGACGGAGCCUCCACCGCUAUGGGCGGUGGCGGCGGUAGAACCAAACCUCGGUACAACAACCACAACCACCACUACUCCCCUGCGCCCUCCGCCGCCGCUGCUGCUGCAAACUCCCACCACCAUCACCGCCACCGUCCGAGUAACCCUAACGUGGCUCGCCAGUCCUCCAAGCCUCAGCCGGACACUUCGCUGAUGGUUACCACUACGUACAGGAUACUGUGUCACGAUGUGAAAGCCGGCGGAGUGAUUGGCAAGUCCGGGAGUAUUAUCAAGUCCAUUAGGCAGCACACGGGAGCGUGGAUCAAUGUCCACGAGCUUGUCGCCGGUGAUGAGGAGCGAAUCAUUGAGAUUUCGGAUACCAGGCGGAGGGACCCGGAAGGGAGAAUGCCCUCGUUCUCUCCCGCCCAGGAGGCCCUUUUCCUGAUACACGAGAGGAUUCUGGAGAGCGAGUCUGAGUUCGUUGGCGCCGGUGGGGGCGGUGGGUAUGGUAACGUGGAUGAGGAUUACGGUGGAAGAGGAGGAGGCGGCGGUGGUGGUGGGAAUAACAGAGUGGCGACGAGAUUGGUGGUUUCCAGAAUGCAUGUUGGGUGUUUGUUGGGGAAAGGAGGGAAGAUUAUUGAGCAAAUGAGGAUGGAGACAAAGACCCAGAUUAGAGUUUUGCCUAGAGAUCAUACCUUGCCGCGAUGUGUUUCCAUGUCUGAAGAGAUUGUUCAGGUAGUUGGAGAUGCAAAUGCUGUAAAAAAUGCUGUUGCAGUAAUUUCCUCUCGCCUGAGGGAGAGUCAACACCGUGACCGCAAUAAUUUCCAUGGGAGAGCACAUUCGCCUGAACGGUUUUUCCCAGAUGAAGAUUAUGUUCCUCACAUGAAUAAUGCCCCACGGCGAUCAUCUGGUGAUGGACAGUCUUUUGGAUCACGUAGUUCUGGCACUAAUUAUAGGGGCAACAAUUAUCCUGGACGGAUGCCCGGAUUUGGUAUCGACUCUAGCUCUCUACCUGAUGGCACUCAGUCAAGUGAAGGGAACGAACUCGUCUUUCGGAUACUUUGCCCUACGGAUAAGAUCAAUAGAGUAGUUGGAGAUGCAGAUGGGAUCUUGGAACUUCUUCAAAAUGAAAUUGGUGUAGAUGUUAAAAUUGCUGAUCCUUCAUCUGGGUCAGACGAACAGAUAGUCACUAUUUUGUCAGAAGAGGGACCUGACGAUGACAUGUUCCCUGCUCAAGAAGCAUUAUUACAUAUUCAGACUCGCAUCGUCGACCUUGUCCUAGAUCAAGACUCUGUUGUAAAAACCAGGCUACUUAUACCAAAUAGUGAAGUUGGAUGUCUGGAGGGAAGAGAAUCUUUGUCAGAGAUGGAAAGACUCACUGGUGCGAAAGUUCAGAUCCUGGCAAAGGAAAGAAAUCCUGCCUUUAUAUCAGGGACAGAUGAGCUUGUUCAGAUUGAAGGGGAAAUAAAAGCAGCUCGUGAUGCUCUUAUGGAAGUGACAUCAAGAUUGCGAAGUUACCUGUACAAGGACUUCUUCCCGAAAGAUACACCAUCUCUUUCUGCUGGUUUACCAGUGGAAGCAGCUUCAUCAAAUAAUGUGACUCCUUCCCGUGACACUUUCAGUCCUGCUGAACAACCAUUGUCUAAGGAUUCUGGUGGAUCAGUUGUUGAGACAGCAAGACCAAAUGAAAGUGAACGACGUGAAGAUGUGCCAGCUACCAUGAACAGACCUAUGACAAUUGUGACUAGGAGCAUCCUGGAAGUUGUUAUACCUGACCAUGCAGUUCCCAAGCUAGUGACCAAGUCAAAAAAUAAACUUGCUCAGAUAAGUGAGCUGUCUGGAGCAAAUGUGAAACUCGUAGAAGACAGGCCAGAUGUGAGUGAAAAUAUUAUCCAAAUUUCGGGUACUCCCGAGCAGGCAGAAAGAGCCCAGAGCUUACUUCAAGGCUUCAUCUUGAGUACGCAAGAAGAUGGACCUUAAGCAGGAGGGCUGUUUGCAUUUCAGUUGGUUAACAGAAAUUGGGUCUAGAGUUAUACAACAUGGUAGCUGGAGCUGUUUGUACCUAAUCGACUAAUCCAUUCAGUGACGACUUGAUUUCUGUAAUCCAGCGUGGGAGACGAGUAUUGUGCAUUGCACGGCUGAACUUGCAACUUGUUCCUUCUCGUUUUAAUUUGGAUGCUUAAACUUGUCAUGGAUGCCUGGCAUUGCCAGUUUUGGAUGGGAGGAAGCAACAGUUCUGUUGUAGUUGUAGAUGUGAACAUGAGAUCUGCUGUACUAGUUUAUGGAAUGUUCCCAAUUUUGCUCGUCAUGACUCUUGACAUGAAUGUACAGAAAUAAAACUUCUGAUUUUGAUUGCAUAAAAUGGGACCUCAAGAAUGUAUGAAGGUAGAACUCCAAAUUUUUAAAAUGGAAUGCUCAUUGACAGAAAUCAAGCCUUGAAUAUGUGGAAUAAUUUGGAAGGAUUGCG